AUGAGAUUUCUAUUUCUAUUCCUUCUAUUCUUAAUAUUUGAUUCUUCGGACUGUAAGGAUAACAAUAUUUCUACAUCAUCAACAUCUCCGAAGGUUCGAAAACGACAACGACCACCGGUUGUGGUCCGGGAGUUCUGCUCCGGCACCACCAAUGGAAUCUCUCGCUAUGGAUCGGGCAAUAUUUUGGAGGAUCUGGAAAGGAUGUACCCGGGAUGUCGUCGAGUAUAUGGUAACCUAGAAAUCACAUGGAUCGAAGAGAACGAAAUCAAAAAAUGGAGAAAAUCGAAAAAUCAAACGGUCGAAACCCCGGAAGAUGAGACUUCGUUGAAAUCUGUCAACUUUUUUGAUCAUUUGGAAGAGGUGAGCAAUGAGAGACAUCGGGACACUCGGAAACACAGACAGACGUUUCAGAUUCGCGGAAGUUUGAUCAUCUAUAGAGCGAAUAUUCGGAAAAUCUCGUUUCCAAAAUUGCGAGUCAUUUAUGGAGACGAAGUUUUUCAUGAUAAUGCACUUUAUAUCCAUAAAAAUGAGAAAAUUCAUGAGGUGGUGAUGAAGGAGUUGAGAGUAAUCCGAAACGGGUCAGUCACGAUUCAGGAGAAUCCGAAAAUGUGUUAUCUGGCGGAUAAAGUGGAUUGGAAUGAGCUGUUAUACGAUAGCUCUAGACAGACUGUGGAGACGUCGAAAUCACAUGAGCAAUGCUAUAAAAAUGGGGAAUCAAUUGUGAAGUGUCACGAAAGUUGUAAUGAAAAGUGUUGGGGAACUGGAGAAGGCGAUUGUCAGAGAGUCUACCGCUCUGUGUGCCCCAAACCAUGUUCCCAAUGUUUCUUCUCGAAUAUCACUCAAUCUUCUGAAUGCUGUGAUUCAUCAUGUCUUGGUGGAUGUACAGAUCAUGGACCAGACAGUUGUAUAGCAUGUAGCAAAUUCGAAAUGGACGAAAAGUGUGUGGACGCGUGUCCGGCUCGAAAAGUUUUCAAUCAUAAGCUGGGGAAAUUGGUCAAUAAUCCGGAUGGAAGAUAUCAAAAUGGCAAUCAUUGUGUUAAAGAGUGCCCAACGGAACUGCUAAUCGAAAACGACGUCUGUGUCCGUCACUGCUCCGAAGGGCAUCACUACGACGCAUUCAAAGAUGUGAGAGAAUGUGAAAAGUGUCGAGGGUCCAAUUGUUUGAAAAUGUGCACGGUGGACAAUCAGCCGCUAACCAAGGAAAUUCUAAAAGGGCUAAAAGGAUGUGAACAGAUUGAUGGACCACUAAUUAUUGAAAAUGGGUAUGUCUUCUUUUUUUGUUCAAGUGAAAUUCUCAAAUAUGACAAGUCUCUAUAUGUUUUUUUUUUCAAUUUUUUCACAUUUCCAAAUUCCAGACUAUCUCACGAGGACCUGAAAGUUCUGGAAUCUGUGAAAAUCGUGAGCGAGUACAUCACCGUCGUCCGCCAGGAGUUCUUCAACAUGAGCUUCCUGCAAAAUCUUCAAAUCAUCGAAGGACGAAAACACCAGCACAUGCGAUGGGCGUUGGCGAUUUAUCAGAAUGAUAAUUUGGUUGAAUUAAAUUUAAACUCGCUGAAACUAAUCAAAACCGGAAGUGUGAUUAUCAGUGAUAAUCAUCGAUUGUGUUAUGUUGGAACAGUAGAUUGGAGUACGAUUAUACAGUCGAAAGGCGAAAAUGGGCGGCCGCAUAUCAAGACUGUUGGGAAUCGAGAUAAUUGGAUGUGUGUCCAAGAAGAGGAAGUAUGCGAUCCGAACUGCAAUAAACGAGGAUGUUGGGGAAAACGGCCAAACGAUUGUCUGGAGUGUCGAACUUGGAAUAAUAUGGGGUCAUGUGUUUCAAAGUGUGAUACUGUAGGAUUCCUCCGAAACCAAACUUCCAUGCGGUGUCAACCAUGCUCUCCAGAAUGUAAAACUUGCAAUGGAAUCGGAGAAUUCGAUUGUCUGUCGUGUAGACAUUUCACACUUUACAAUCCGGAAUUUGGAAAUCGUAUGGAAUGUGUUGAAAGCUGCCCAAAGGCUACAUAUUUCUCAACGGAAGACGAUGUUUGUGAGAAGUGUCAUGCCACGUGUUAUGAGAAUGGGUGUACCGGUCCAUCAUCCAACCUGGGUCCUGGCGGAUGCAACAAAUGCAAAUACGCAGUAAAGUACCAAAACGGUACAGUAACCUGUCUUAAGGCAACUGGUACCAACAGUGUGUGCUUUGAGAAUAAUUUGCCACAUUUCCAUAUUCAUCCAAUGGAUAUUGAUGGGGUUACGGAUUCGCACUGCGAAGAAUGCCACCCCUUCUGCAAAACGUGCUCCUCAUUCGGUCGGAACAAAAAUGGAAAUGGUUGUGUCUGCAAAGAGUACGAGUAUCAUGUAAACGCGGUUGAGAAAAUUUGUGUGGAUGUUUGUCCAACAAACACUUUUCUGAUUGCUGACAACACGACGGGUUACGGUAUUUGCAAAAAGUGUCAUGAGCAAUGUGAUCAGAAUUAUCCAUGUGUGGAUGCUCUUCCAACUGGCUGCACAUUGUGUAAAUCGUUUUCGGUGUUAAAUGAGGAUUCGAGGGAAUGCGUCGCUGAAUGUCCGGACUACCUACCGUACUCCAACCCAUCAAACAAAGAGUGCCUAGAUUACGAUAUCGCUGGAAGGCAGAAGAAAACAAGAAUUAUAAUUAUUGUAUGCGUUUUCAUGGGAUUCGCGAUUAUGUUCUUGUUCAUUAUGCUAAUCUACUGGCGCUGCCAAAAAAUGGGCCACAAGCUGAAAAUCGCCGAAAUGAUCGAGAUACCCGAGCUGACGCCAAUCGACGAUAACGUCCGCCCAAACAUGAAUCGAAUCUGUCUGAUUCCAUCGUCAGAACUUCAAAUCAAACAUGAAAAGAAGCUAGGAUCCGGCGCAUUUGGAACCGUCUUCGCUGGCAUUUACUAUCCAAAACGCGCCAAGAAUGUGAAAAUUCCAGUGGCAAUCAAAAUAUUCCAAGUGGGACAAUCGCAAACGGACGAGAUGACUCAGGAAGCAACGAAUAUGUUCCGUCUAAGACAUGAGCAUCUUUUGAAGAUCAUUGGAUUUUGUAUCCACGAUGAUGGCCUCAAAAUUGUCACCAUUUAUCGACCACUUGGAGACCUGCAUAGUUUUUUGCAGCUUCAUAAAGAGACUUUGGGGGCCAGAGAGCAGAUUCUGUAUUGCUAUCAGAUUGCGUCUGGAAUGAGAUAUCUUCAUGAGCAGAGAGUUGUUCAUAGAGACCUGGCCGCUCGAAACGUCUUGGUCAAAAAAUUCAAUCACGUUGAGAUCACUGACUUUGGGCUGUCGAAAAUUCUGAAGCACGACGCUGAUUCCAUAACGGUGAAAUCCGGAAAAGUGGCCAUCAAAUGGUUGGCGAUAGAGAUUUUUGCACAACACUGCUAUACGUAUGCAUCGGAUGUUUGGGCGUUCGGUGUUACUUGUUGGGAGAUUAUCACUUUCGGACAGAGCCCCUAUUCCGGGAUGAAUACGGAUAGUGUACAUAGCUUUUUGAAAGACGGAAAUCGCCUCUUCCAACCGCCCAACUGCUCGCCAGAUCUCUAUCAAGAGCUACUCCGCUGCUGGAUGGCCGAACCAAAAGCUCGUCCAUCGUUUGACACCCUCUAUCAAAGGUUUAAGGAAUUCUGUAAAGUUCCUUCACUGUUUCUGGAGAAUGCCAACAGCAUCAGCGAUUCGGAUUUGGCGGCCGAUGAGCAUUUCCAAAACGAGCAGCUUCGAGAAAUCUUCGACGGAAAUAUCGAUCCACAAACGUAUUUCGAUCAGGCCAGUCUUCCAAGCUCACCGACUUCAAUGGCUACGGUAGGUUUCACGUUACCCAAUGGUGAUUUGAUAAGCCGAAUGCAAUCCGUCAAUUCGUCUCGUUAUAAGACAGAACCUUUUGAUUAUGGCGGUAGUAUUCCAGAGGAAGACAAUUCUUAUCUGAUUCCAAAAACAAAAGAGGUCCAACAACAGUCGGCGGUGGUUUAUACUGCAGUGACAAUGGAGGAUGGGCAAACUGAAAUUGCUCCAUCAAACGGCGACUACGUCAACCAGCCAAUCAGCCAACCAGGAUCAUCCAACGGUUACUAUAACCAGCCAAGUAUCGAUAAUAAUAAAAAUCCCGACCCAGUGGAGUAUGAGAAUGAUGAGCAAGUGGCUCAAAAAGAGACGUGCUUAUAG